CGUAACUCUGUGGCACAGGUCAUGCGUGCUUAUUAUGGCCCAGAGGUGUCAGAGACAGCUAGGUUCUUCAGUUUGGUGAACCGAUUUUUUGAUUGCCUGAAUGUGCUGUCAUUGAGGGAGUCUGUGUUCCAGAGAAAACCAGAUGUAGCACCCUACACUUCACAAAAUGACCCAAGAUUUCAGUUCCUCGAGGAUGAAGUCUUAGAAUAUUUCAAUCAGUGGCUCAUUUCUGUGAGGUCCCGACCAGGCUAUAAGAAGACGGAGCAGAACAAAAUGUUCAUUUCGUAUCAAACUCAUGAGGGCAUUAUCAUGACAGUGAAAUCCUUCAUUGAGGCAACAAGAUACCUGUUUCAACAGGGGGUGCCAUAUGUUUUGAGCAAUGUCUUCUGUCAGGACCCACUUGAAGAGCACUUUGGUCGCCACAGAGGAUUGGGUACUCGUCAUGACAACCCAACAGUUCACCAGUUCGGUUACCAAGAAAACCAACUUCGAAUUCAGAGGAGCUUAGCCUUCAACUUUGUGCCCAAAGGAAACACUGCAGGAAGGGCAGGAGAAAAAAGACCCAUUGUCAUAACAAACAGUCCCUUAAAACAUAACUAAAAGAAGCUUACUUAACAAAGUUGUAUAUAUAUCCAAUUCUGUAUUUGAAAAUCAAUGUUAAUUAUGUCUCCCCUCUUCUGGGGGAAGAUAUUGUUUUUGUACUUUCUGUCCGUCUGUCUGAAAAUCUUGAAAAUGCUUCUCCUCCUGUAUGACUUGUUAGAUACACUUGAAAAUCUGUACAAUGCUUCAUUGUCAUUUGUAGAUGUGCACAUUGUCGGAAAAUGAGGAUCCAAUCAUUUUCGAAAAAGUUAUG